UGUGAAUGCAUCGUGCAAUGCAUGCAUCCGCACUCGAGUCGAACCGAGUCCUCCCCGAGUCGACUUUCGCUGACGCCUGGCUGGCCAGCGGAAAGGCAGGAGCGCAUAGCGCACCGCCGGCAUCGCCAUCGCCACACGCGGCAGCCAAUGGCGGCAGCCCAGCCCAAGCCCUCAAGGUUCGGCCACAGAUAGCUGCACUUAGCGCCACCGCGCCUGCACUUGGCCGUCCACCACACCGGCCCCGUCGGCCCUCCCUCACGUGGAGGCGCGCUGCGCGCUUCGAGAGGAACCUGCUGUUUACCCGCACGGCCGCACCGGGAUGGGAUGGGAUGGGAUGGGCAUAAACAGCCGCACGCGCCGCGAGAACGCCGCAGUACGCAGCAUAAUGUCCGAUUUUGCAGGGAUGCGACCGGAUGUGAAACCUCGAGGAUGACGCUCGGGUAACGCGCUCUGGUGGCCGUUUUCUAUACUCCGACUAGCUCCGAGUUUGAAUACUCUCCCAACCGCUGACUUUAUUCACUGGUAUCAAAUCCAUUAGGGAUUAUCAUUAAACUCUACUAUUUAGACUUUAUUAGGAUAACUGUCAUUAUAUCUUUUUAUUAAUUAGUAUAGUCUUAAUAUUUGAGUGAAUUGGAGUUAAGAAUCUUACUUGUUAGCUUACCGUAGCGUCUCAGUCGCCUUAUAUCACUGCAAGUUAUCUUUAUUAUAUUAAUUGCCGAUUUAUUUUUUGUUUGAGUUUUGCCGUUUUAAGCAUCUGGGUAAGUUGUAUGUGGAAUUUUCAACUAAUUGCAUGGAGCAUAGGUUAUGUCAACCUCAGUGACAAACUUGUGGGUUUGUCUAGAAGAACACGCGUUUCGUGCGAUUUUCCUGUGUUUUCUUACCGCACAUAGAAAUAACGGACUAAAUUACACUUUUGAAAAUGCGCUCAAUACGUUUCAUGACUGACUUUCUAUGCUAAUCUUUUCAUUGCACCUGUUGCCUCAGCAUAGCGUAACUAACAUAUUCUUUUUUUCUCUGUCUGAAUAGGUUCACUAUGGCUCAGCAUCGUGGUGAGAAGGUUCAAGAAAUCAAGGCUGAUCUGUUUGCGUAUGCUAGAAGUAAUUAUGCGUUGGCUCAUUGUGUGGGUGCUGACUUGAAAAUGGGUAAAGGCAUUGCUGUUGAGUUCAAACACAGGUUCGGUCAUCAGCAGUAUCUUCUGGAUCAGGGCAAAGUUCCAGGCCAAGUAGCUGUCCUUCCAGGCAACAUGUGUAAUCGUGAAGCUCCCAUUUUCUACCUUGUGUCCAAGGCUCUCAGCUAUUCCUAUGGUCCCCGUUGGCAGGAUUUCGUGUCUUGUUUGCAGGAGCUGCGUCAACUGUGUGAACAGAUGGGCAUCAAGUAUGUGGCCAUGCCUCGCAUUGGUUGCUACAACGACCACCUCGAGUGGUGUAACGUGGAGGCAGAACUUUACAGGAUAUUUCAGUUUUCCCCUGUCAGUGUCUUUGUGUUCACCCCUCCAGUGCUGCCCACCCACAGGUUUCCUGAUGUGCACGUUGGCGAACCCUCUUACAAAGGUUUUCAGCUCCUGGGUGACAGCCAAAUGCUCCGUUUUUCUCAAACAUUUGGCUCUUAUCAGCAGCAGCCUCGUGAGCGUUUUCCCAGGCGACUUGGUUUGUGCCUUUCUGGUCAACGCAUGAAGAGUUUGCAGUUCAUCAUCCAGCCAGCCCAACUUCAUCACUCUGUAAUUGUUCUUAUUGGCACAAAUGAUGUUUUGCAGCUCUACAAGUAUGGUGGGGAUUUCAGGAGGGCCAUCCGCCACACGUUGAGGACCACUGUUCGCCAACUGGGCAAAACUCUAGCUUCCAGGUGCACACGAGUCAUCGUCCCUUGCAUUCCCCCUGUUCCUGCCCAUGCUGAGUGUACAGAGCACGUUGUUUGGUUGAAUGGGCUGAUUGAACACCUUCCUAAGUUCCAUGCCAACAUCCAGGUGGUCAAGUGGACGGAGAACAUGGAUGUCAGCUUCUUUGAAAGUGUCAUGGGUCCCCCAGGCAACCAGCGGCAGGAUCUUAUCCACCUUAACUACAGAGGCCUGGAGCUGCUGAAGACUUCCUUGGACCAAUCUAUUUCGUCAUUCCCUCCUUUGUAGUGUUGUAAAUAAUUAAUUUUCUUCUUCCUCUUCUGUUUUGUGUUUUAUGUUAGUGUUUUUGUUGAUCCCAAACAAUCCACAAGUUGGUAUUAUCAAAGGCAUCUUCUGCGAGAUUGAUUAUUAGAAAUAGCUAGAGCCAUUACGGUACAGCUCCUAAUGAUCUAUCUACAAAAGCUGCUUUGAGUUCUGCUUGUUUUUCACUCCUGCUUGACUUAUUUAUUGGCUCCCUUUGGAGGUCUGGCUUAGUUCAUUGCUCUUUCAGUA